AAUCGUCUGUUUUGAAAUUCUGAAAGAAAGUAUCCAGAUAUUCGAAUUUCCUGUUUUCAAAAAAAAACUUGGAUAACAUCUGUUCUGUAUAUUGUGCAUCACGAUUUAUCAUUCCUACAUCAAUAAACAAAUCGUAUUGGGAUUGGCAUGCUUUCUGGUAACCUAACCUAGUAAUAAUGGCAACAGAUAACUGGAAAGAAAGUAUUAAAUCCCAACUACAACUUAGAAAUAAAGUAGAAGCACAUAAAUUCCAGGAUAUAAUUGCUCAAAAUACUAAGAUAUUUAAGUAUGCCAAUGCUCUCCGGGUGGAAAAUAAUCAGCUUUCAAGUCAUAUAGACAGGUUGAAAGUGUCCGAAGGCAAAGGUGGUGGGAACGACUCGCGGUAUCAAGAAAAAAUUCAGUUUCUAGAACAGAAACUUUUGACUCAACAAGAAGAGCUUACUGAGUUACACAGACGAAAAGGAGAGAAUGCACAACAAAUCAUUGAUCUUACUGCUAAGGUCCAAGAACAGGAAAAGUUACUGCAAACUCGAGAUGCUAGCAUAGCUGAAAUGACAAAAGAACGAACAAGUUUGAAGGCUGAGAUUGGAAUGUAUCAAAAGUCCUUAAAAGAACUGGAAUACCUUAUUGACACACUGAGAGAUGAGCAUAGUGCGCUGCAAAUGGCAUUCAAUGCCUUAGAAGAAAAAUUACGGACUACACAGGACGAGAAUAGGCAGCUGGUAGAGCGACUGAUCAAGUACAAGACGAAAGACGUUGACAGGUUGAAUGAGGAAAACGACAAUUUUCUUAGUUUUCAGCCUUCUGGAUGGCCUCCUGGUGCCGAUCUGGAGAAAACCAUUGAUGGGUCCAAAAAAUUACUGAGCACAUUUGGUCUAUUCAAAAGGAAAAAAUACCUCAAAGUACAGAAGGAUAUCGAGGAUGCAUGUAGGGACACGAGUAGGGACUCAGUUGAAGAAAUUUCGGAGGCUUAUAACAUUCCUUUGCAAGAGACGAUGUUACCGACUAAGUGUGUUGCGAAAAUCGACGCGCAUGACGGUGAAGUGAACGCCGUUAAGUGGAGUCCAGCUGACGGUAUGGUCGCGACCGCGGGUGCCGAUCGGAAGGUCAAACUGUGGGACGCGUCAAAAGGACACGUGGUGAGCAAGGGCAUGCUUGUCGGUAGUAACGCGGGUGUUAUGUCUUUGGACUUUGAUUCAACGGGUUCGAUGAUUCUUGCUGCUUCCAACGACUACGCCAGCAGGGUGUGGACGGUGUCGGACAUGAGAUUAAGGCACACAUUAACUGGACAUUCCGGAAAAGUUAUGGCAGCUAAAUUCCUAGGCGAGGCCUCAAAAGUGGUGACAGGAAGUCAUGAUAGGACUUUGAAAAUUUGGGACUUGAGGAGUAGAGCAUGUACAGAAACUAAAUUUGCUGGUUCCAGUUGUAAUGACCUAGUGACAGUCGACAGUAGCGGUUCAACAAUCAUCAGUGGCCAUUUCGAUAAGAGUAUACGUUUCUGGGAUACUAGAGGUGAAGCUUGUUCCAAUAGUAUAAUAUUUAACGGAAAAGUAACUUCCCUGGACUUGACGAGAGAUGCCAAAUAUUUGCUGUGUUGUGUGAGAGAUGAUACCCUCAAACUUCUGGACCUCAGGAUGAAUCAAAUCGUGAAUUCCUUCAGCUGUGAUGGAUUCAAAGUUGGCUGUGACUGGGCUAGGGCUACGUUCAGCCCCGACGGACAAUAUGUCUCUGUGGGAUCUUCUGACGGAAGCGUCUACCUUUGGGGGGUCAACACUGCCAAGGUGGAGAGCAUACUCAAGGAGCAUGUAUCUGUUGGCCUCUUCUCCAGGUCUGCAGUGACAGCAACGGCGUGGCAACCGUACGGAACAUAUUUGGCAACGGUGGACAGAUCCAAGAAGCUGAUUGUUUGGGGAGACCAGUGACGUGCGAAUUGAGAAUACAAUUGUCUAGACAGUUUAAUCGUGAAAUUCCAGUGAACUAACAUUAGAAAUAAGCAUCACGAACAAGUUCGCUUCAUCGAAGUUAUUUCCAUUGUGACGUGAAGUUGAGGCAAUUUUUUUAGCAAUAAGGUUCAUUUUAAAUUUGAAAACUUUAUGGUUCAAUUUUUUCUUAGCAAUUCUUUUACAGUCAUUAUAAAGUUGUAUAUGAUUUUAGAAUCCAAUGGUGAUUAUUCAUUUCUUGUGAUAUAAAUAUACACUAGUUCAAAGUGGAAAAUGAAUCAUCGAAAAAUAUCGUGAAAAAUUGAUGUUUUCGUAAAUCAUAACCAGUUUCUGAAUGUAAAACCAAAAAUAAUACAAUUAUAUUAUUUUUAGAUUCUUCAUAAAAUAUUCAUCAUGUUAAUUUCGUAAAUUUUGACAUCAUCAGACUUUUAUCCCGAGAAUGUACCAGUGCCUUUGUAAUUGGGAUACGAGAACAAAAUUUAUAUGAUUUUAGCAUUGUGCAUGAAAAAAUAAAAAUUUGUGAUUUGUUGCAUGUUUUGAUUCAUCUUUAUCAAUAAAGAACUUAUACACAGA